AUGGAGGAGGAAACUGAUAGAAGAUGUGAUGGGUGCAUGCUACCUGUCUCAACUCUGUUUUAUUAUUGCUCUGAAUCAGAAUGCCAUUUCUAUCUCCACAAACACUGUGCUGAGCUGCCAAGAGUAAAGCGUCAUUGGUUUCGUCAAUCUCCUGCCAAUCUCGACUCCAGAAGCUUCACGUACUGUGACUUGUGCCUUCGAUAUUGUAGCGGUUUCUUCUACGAAAUUAGAGGACUGGACGUUUGCUUAAGGUGUGCUGAAGUACGUGACGUGAUUGAAUUUCAAGGACACGAGCACUUGCUGUUUUAUGAUUUCAAAUGCAGGGAGCGAUGCAAUGGUUGUGGCGCUGACCCAGGUCCAUAUGGUGCAUUCAGAUGUGGAAAGUGCAGUUUUACUUUGGAUUUCAAAUGCUUAUCAUUACCACAAUCAGUUGUUCACAAAAUUGAUCAACAUCAGCUAAACCUCACCUAUCACGAUGAUAAUGAUUAUUCAAAGCAUCUUCAUUGUGAUAUAUGUGAAGUAAAAAGAGACCGGAGCCUCUGGUAUUAUUGUUGUUCGAUCUGUGAUACCUCUGCUCAUCCCGAUUGUAUUCUUGGAGAAUUUCCGUUUCUCAAGUAUGGGAUCACAUUGUCUCCUCGUUAUUGGCACACACAUCGUCAUGAUGUUCAGUUUCAUAGGAAGGCUGAGGGCUACCCUAACUGCUUGUUUUGCGGUCAGCGUUGCCGAAGAGAAAUUGUCAAGUGUGCGGAGUCUACGUGCAACUAUAUUGCUCACUUCGAAUGUUCGAUCCUUGUAGAAACAGUGCUUAAUUUGCCAAUUGCAUUGGAGAAGGGGAGAGAACGCGAGGAAGAAUUGGGGGAAGAAUUGGGGGAAGAAUUGCGAAUGUUAGGGAUUGAGCAAGAGAAAUUAAGGAUUAAAGCACGUGAGAAAGGGGCUAAGGAUUUACCUGAAGUGGAGCAGGCUGAUUCAUAUCAGAUGAUGGAGCCGACCCAAGAAGAAUGA